CACAUAACAGCUUAUCAACAACUUAUCAACAUGCCUAACUGGACCUCCAUCACUAUUCCCGAGACUCCUUCUCCCAACUACGUCAUUGUCAAGAAUGUUUCGCUUAAAUCAAACGAAAAUACAGUCAAGGAGUUCUUUUUGUUCUGUGGCAAAAUCAAGGAAUUUGAAUUGACCAAGGAUGACGAUGGUGCUCAUCAAGUUGCUCUCAUCAACUUUGAGCGCGAGUCUGCAGCAAAGACUGCCACCUUGUUGAGCAAUGCUUUGAUCGAUGACUGCAACAUUACCGCCGCACCUUACUUUUCAUCCGCAAUCCCAGUCGCCGAGGACGAGGGCGAGAGUGCUACCAGCGAAAAGGAAGCCGAGGAAACCUCCCAGGAAGGCAAGCCAAAGUCUCGCAUUGCUGCUGAGAUCCUUGCCAACGGAUACUUGCUCCAGGAUCAGAUUGUCGCCAAGGGCUUGGAUUAUGACUCCAAGUACGGCUUGUCGAACCGCAUCACUGGCUACUUGGGCAUGCUGCAAACGAAUGUACGCUCCAUCGAUAACAAGUACCGCAUCUGGGAUAAGGCCGUUGAGCUUGAACAAAAGUACAAGAUCCAGGAAAAGGUGCAGACUGCCGCUCAAUCGGCUCUCCAGUCGCAGCCUGGCCAAAGAGCCCGUGGUAUUGCCGAGCAAACUUUUGCCCAGAUUGCUGCUGUCCAUAUGGAAGCUACCAAGAUCAAGACCGAGCGAAGCGUCAAGACUGAUGCUUGAAUGUCAUAUCUACCCAAUUAACACUCAUACAAGCACUCAUCCCUUCCACUCACUCACUCACACUCAAACCCAAACAUGAUACCAUGACAUCCCAGACUUUCUUUCUGUAACAAUAAAAACUGUCACUUUACAUUCACAAUUACACCGACUGCAAGGAUUGCAUCAGACUUGUUUCCUUGUUGGCAAAUAUGAUAUGUUGCUGAGAAGGAGGAUCCUUCUGGUGGCGUAGCGUAAUCCUUGUUGCCCUGGAGUAACGAAGAAACAAAUGACGCGAGCUUUGGCUUAUGGUUUUAAUGAUGCGAUCAUGGCCGACCUUAUCC